AUGCAAUCUAGCGGAAAACAGGCUGUGCUCAAAGAUGCUGGUUAUUGGCAAAAACGAAAAACUAGAUUCAUUUUGGAUAUAGACCCUAAGGUAGCGAAACAAAAAGAUAGGAGUGACACCUAUAAGAGGUUCAAGCAUCUUUUAAGUCUAACGGGCUUAUUCCGCCAUUUCAUCAGCAUGCGAGCCAAACAGGAUAAGAACAUGCAGAAAUUGUUGAAAGAAAUUGAUAAGGAUUCCAACAAAAGGAGAAAUAGUGCCGCUGAUACUGGGUCUCGUCAUUCGAGAAAGACUGAAAAGGAGGAAGAUGCUGAAUUAAUGGCUGACGAAGAGCAGAGGGAAGCAGAUUCUCUGGAUGAUCCUAAUUUUAUCACAAAAACUCCCUCAUAUAUCAAGAAUGGUAAACUAAGAGACUACCAAAUUCAAGGUUUAAAUUGGUUGAUUUCGUUACAUGAGAAUAGACUGUCGGGAAUUUUAGCCGACGAAAUGGGUUUAGGUAAGACGUUGCAGACAAUUUCGUUCUUGGGUCAUUUAAGGUACGUAAAAAACAUUGAUGGACCUUUUCUAAUAGUUGUGCCAAAAUCGACUUUGGAUAACUGGAGACGAGAAUUCUUGAAAUGGACACCUGAAGUCAGUACUGUUGUUUUACAUGGUGAUAAAGAGACUAGAAACCACUUGUUGCAGGAUGUUAUACUUCAAGCUAAAUUUGACGUUGUGAUAACAUCCUAUGAAAUGGUCAUCAGAGAGAAGAGUAUUUUAAAAAAGGUUGCUUGGCAGUAUAUAGUUAUCGAUGAGGCGCAUCGAAUCAAGAAUGAGCAGAGCGCGUUGUCUCAAAUAAUCAGAUUGUUUUACUCCAAGAAUCGACUUCUAAUCACGGGCACACCACUGCAAAAUAACCUUCACGAAUUAUGGGCCCUAUUGAACUUUUUGUUGCCUGAUGUUUUUGGAGAUUCAGAAGUGUUCGAUGACUGGUUUGAACAAAAUAAUAACGAAGAAGAUCAAGAUGUUGUUGUACAGCAGUUGCACACUGUUUUAAACCCAUUUUUACUGAGAAGAGUCAAGUCGGAAGUGGAAAAGUCCCUACUACCGAAGAUAGAGACAAACGUCUACGUCGGAAUGACGGGUAUGCAAAUUCAGUGGUAUAAAUCACUCCUGGAGAAGGAUAUAGAUGCUGUCAACGGUGCUGUUGGUAAGCGAGAAGGGAAAACAAGACUGUUGAACAUCGUAAUGCAAUUGAGAAAAUGCUGUAACCAUCCUUAUUUAUUUGAAGGCGCAGAGCCGGGUCCACCGUACACGACUGAUGAACACCUUGUAUUCAAUGCCGGUAAAAUGAUUGUCCUUGACAAACUGUUGAAGCGAAUGAAGGAGAAAGGUUCCAGAGUACUAAUCUUCAGCCAAAUGUCCAGACUACUGGAUAUUUUGGAAGAUUAUUGCUAUUUUAGGGAUUAUGAGUACUGUAGGAUAGACGGUUCGACUUCUCACGAAGAGCGUAUUGAAGCAAUUGAUGACUUUAAUAAACCGAAUUCAGAGAAGUUUGUGUUCUUAUUAACCACACGAGCUGGUGGUUUAGGUAUCAAUCUUGUUACUGCUGAUACGGUAAUCUUAUAUGACUCUGACUGGAAUCCUCAAGCUGAUUUGCAGGCUAUGGAUCGGGCUCAUAGAAUAGGUCAGAAAAAGCAAGUUCAUGUUUUCAGGUUUGUUACCGAAAACGCUAUUGAGGAGAAGGUUAUUGAGCGUGCCGCACAAAAACUUCGUUUGGAUCAACUAGUCAUACAGCAGGGCACGGGUAAGAAAACUGCAAAUGUUGGAAACUCAAAGGAUGAUUUGAUUGAAAUGAUUCAAUAUGGGGCUAGAGAUGUUUUCAGCAAGAGCUCAUCCAGCGUAACUGUUGAGGAUGAUAUUGAUGAAAUAUUACAAAAAGGUGAGAAAAAAACCAUGGAAUUAAACGCUAGAUAUGAGGCAUUAGGUUUGGAUGAUUUACAGAAAUUCAAUGGUUUAGAGAAUCACUCAGCGUACGAAUGGAAUGGUGAAAACUUUCAGAAAAAGCCUACCGAUACAGUGAAAGAGUGGAUAAACCCAUCUAGACGAGAAAGAAGAAAGGAGCAACAAACCUAUUCGGUAGAUGACUACUACAAGGAAAUAAUUGGUGGCAAUCAAAAAGGUAUUCAAAAAUCUUCCGUGAAAUCAACAUCUCAAACGAAGACCCCCAAGCCACCUAAAUUUGUGCAUGGACAAGACUAUCAGUUCUUUCCCAAAGAGUUGGGACCUUUACAAGAAAAAGAGCAGAUGUACUUUAAGAGAAAGGUCAAUUACAAAGUAACAAUAUAUGACGUGACGCCAAGAUCAGGAUCAGGUAAUGAUAGUGACGAGGACGAGGAUGCUGAGCGGAAGGAGACAGAUGAGGAAACUAAAGAAAAAAUAAAAAAAGAGCAAGCAGUUAUUGAUUCUGCCGAGGGAUUCACUGAGGUAGACGAAGAAACCAAACAAAAGUUAAUUUCACAGGCGUUUAGUUCUUGGACUAAGCGUGACUUUUUGUCGUUCAUUAGCGCUUGCGCAAAGUAUGGAAGGACAAAUCUUGCAAUGAUAUGCAAAUCCAUUGAGACAAAAUCACCUGAAGAAGUCGAGGUAUAUUCAAAAGUAUUUUGGCAACGUUAUCAAGAAGUGAGCGGUUGGGAAAAGUAUAUUGGAUCCAUUGAAAAUGGUGAGAGAAAAAAUGAGAAGUUGAGGUACCAGGAAACUUUGCUGAAAAAAAAAAUAGAUCAAUUUAGGUAUCCCCUUCAGGAAAUGACACUUCUGUAUCCUCCGAAUAAUGCACGAAGGACGUACAAUACUUUAGAGGAUAAAUUUAUAUUACUGACAUUGAACAAAUAUGGGUUAUUUGCAGAUAGACUAUACGAAAAGCUGAAGCAGGAAAUUUUCAUCAGUAAUUUAUUCACUUUCGACUGGUUUAUGCGGACAAGGUCAGUGCACGAAUUAUCCAAGAGAUCAAGUACACUUUUGACACUACUAAUGAGAGAGAACGAGACGCCUGACUUUAACAAGAGAAAAAGAAACAGAGCUGUUGCAGGUGAGCAAACACCUGGAUCGCAAGCCGAUAACCUUACCGGAACACCUAAUUACGAUGCAACUUUGCCGGAAAUGCAUGUUGAUAAGAAGAAUAAGGUUCAGAUGGAACAAAAGCAGAUUGUGUAA